AUGCAAUACGACUUGAGUGUUGAGCAAGAGGGAAAAGGAGGCUGCCACCCACCGAGAUCUGGCCCGAGCCUGAACAGAAAAGAACGUUACAAUAAGCGCUACGUUGUGGCAAGAGGAAUUCUACCAAUGUUAUUCUUUUACGCUUCCUUCCGUUAUUCCAUUUGUUGUUGUUCUUUUCUUAUCUCUUCUUCCAUUUCCCAAUUUUUAACUCUUUUCUCCAAGCCAUAUUUUUUAUUCCUUCAGGUUUUCUUUCAAGUAUUAUUCCUUUUCUCUUUCUUUCUUAUUACAAUAUUCCACAAUUAUUUUUUCAAACUUUUCUUUCACUCUCUCUCUCUCUUUUUUCUUUUACUAUUUUGCUCCAAAUUACUCUCCCCCUCUCUCUUUAGACCCUUUCUUUCUCUUUUUCCGCAAUUUACUUUCUUCGUAUUUUCGCUUUUUUUUUUCAUUCGUUUAUUUUCCCAUCCAUCUCCCUCAUCUCUUAUAUUCCUGUUUUUUUCCACCUCGACCUCAAAACUUAAUCCUAGUCUUUCCUUCAAAAUUCAGUUUUUUUUUCUUUUCAUUAUUACCUACCUGUUGCUUCUCUCUCUCUCAUCUACCAUCUAUUUUUAA